CAAAAGCCAAUUUAAAAUCAGCUUCUAUUAACUAGGGUUUCAGAUAUUUAAGAAUGGCAAUGGCAAAUUUAAUAAUAAAAUCGUGCAUAUUACGAUUAUGUAACAUUAGAUCCCAUAUUUAAUAGAUUUAAUCGAACGGGAACUCGCGUGACAUACAAGUGAUAAUCCAUCUAUAUCCAUACAUAUAAGGAUGAAUGCCAAGAGUAUGCAAAUAUUUGUAUAAAGUUGGCUCUCUUUAUUUGAAUUGAGUUUCAAAAUUUAAGAGCAGCCCCCUGAUUCCCGUGUAAGUAAAAUCAAGAGUGGAAAUAUAUGCAUCUUUAAGUUGAGCCAUGAUCUUAGUAAAACAAAAGAAUGUGUCUGCUUCAUUUUUAAUGAUCAAAUAUAACGGGGCAAGUAAAUCACUCAUUCCCUACAUAUAUUUAAUAGCUGGGUUAAGUUUGCCAUAAAUAUAUAAAAUUCUAAUGAAAAUAUCCUAAUGAGUU